GUCUAUAAAAGGGGGCGCGUCCAGGGGCCUCUCCAAAACCGUGCGCCCUUGGAGAGGUGGCGAGCGUUGCGCGCUGCGCCUCUGCCAGGUUGUAUUGUCUUGCUGCCGGAGCGAUGCGUUUGUGGGCGCUGGCGGGGUGGCUGGCGGUCGCCGGGGCGGCGGCAGCAGCAGCCGCACGUCCAGCCGCCGCCGCCUCGUCGUCGAGCAAGGAGCGCGCCUCCAAGGCCGCCUCUUGGGACGAGGUGAACAUCUUGGCGCACGGGCUCCUGCAGCUGGGCCACGGCCUGAAGGAGCACGUCGAGCGGACCCGCGGGCAGCUGCGCGAGAUGGGCAGCCGCCUGAGCGCCUACAACGCCUCGCUCGCCCGCCUGGAGCGCUCGGCCGGCGAGCAGCGGCACCAGCUCGGGCGAGCCCAGCGCCUCCUCGACGGCCGCCUCGACGACCUCUCCGGCCGGCUCCGGGCGCUCGUCAGGGGCCUGGCGGCGCACGAGGAGGCGGUGCGGGAGCGCCUGGGGCGCCUCGACGGGCAGCUGCUGCGCCAGGCGGGCGCCGAGAACGCCAGCGGCAUCCCGCGAGGGAGCGGGCCGGCGGCGGAGCUGGGCGCCCUGCAGAACUUGAUGAGCCGUCAGAACCUGAAGAUUGAAGAGCUCUUCCAGAAGAUUAAGGAACAGCAAUACAGGACAGAUAAGCAGAACCUGCAGAUCAAGAGCCUUCAGAGCAAGGUCAACAUGCUGAUCCCUUUGCACGUCAAAGAAAAUGAACCACAGAGCCCCAAAUGGAAGGCAAAUGUCCAGAGGAGUGCAGGCCGAGCUGGCAACCACAGCCAAAGCACUGGAGCCAAGUCCUCGGAGAUGUCGAAGUUUCCGGCUAGCUGCCACCACCUUUUCCUCGAAGGGGAACAGAGCAGUGGGUUGUUCCAGAUCCAGCCCCCUGGCGCCCAGGCAUUCGAAGUUGUCUGUGACGUGACUCCAGACGGUGGAGGCUGGACAGUGAUCCAGAGGCGCCUGGAUGGUUCUGUUGAUUUUGACCAGCUGUGGGUCGCCUACAAGAAUGGAUUUGGAAAUAUGAGUGGCGAUUUCUGGCUGGGCCUGGAGAAGGUCCACCAGAUCAUGCAAGAGGGACGGUUCCAUCUCUCAAUUGAGCUGCAGGACUGGGAAGGCAACUCUGAGAGGAUCCAGUUCGUUUUCAGUCUGGGCGGAGAGGACACAGCUUACACACUCAGUCUCCUGGGACCCAUUCUCGGAGAACUAGAGAACGCCAUGGGUGAUUUCCCACAGCUGCCCUUCUCCACGCGGGAUCAGGACCAUGACCUCAAAGGAGAUGCCAACUGUGCCAAGCAUCUCACAGGAGGCUGGUGGUUCAGCAGUUGUGGCCCCGUCAACCUCAACGGGAAAUACUUCCGCUCCAUUCCACGGCAGAGGCACGAGAGGAAGCAAGGAAUCUUUUGGAAGACUUGGAGAGGGCGGUACUACCCUCUGAAGUCGACUGCCAUGAAGAUCCGACCUGCAGAGUUGGGCCUGGGGUCCUAAAUGCAUGGAAGGCCAUGGGAGGGAGAGACUGGGUGGCCCUCCAGUUCCUGCUACUGCUGAGAUGCUUUGUGGGGUCUCUCUGCCGGCUUCCAGUUGGAAGUCUUCCUGUUGCAAGAGGUGCCCCUUGAGCUUGCGUGGGGAGGCACAGCAAUGACCUGCUUCUCCGUGUUGGGAGGAGAGUUGACGUGGGGGACUCUUAGGGUGGGUGGGAAAGGAACAGGCAUCAGGAUGCAUCUCGUGGGCCGCUGAGGGUUGGCAAUUCAGCAUCUCGGGGUCUGGUGACAGCCUGUGGAUGGUGAGGAUGCCAGCUGUGAUGACAUCUUGGGAGUCUGGUUCUUUCGACAUUCUGUAGUGCUGUUUUGUGACAAGAGUGAGUUUCUUGCAAGGCCCGGCAGAUUUAUGCUGGGGGCCACUCUGUCAUUCACAUAGCUCAAGAUGUGUCUUUAGACCCGCUUCCUUAUGCCUCAAAAUGAGGAAGAUUUUAAGCCACACUUAACCUCUUUUCAAGUAGCAGUUUAAUGGCCCCUUUAUUGUUAUUGCUGGAGUGUAUAUUUCCCAUCCUAAAGAAGAACUUUCCAUUGAACUAUCAGGUGAGGGGGAGCGAGCCACAGUUGCUCCCGUCAGACUGGAUACGGCCAUGCUGGUCUCCUGUGCCAUGCAGACACUGGCUGUAUUUCUUAGGGGUUUCUCCUCCGCUGGCUCGGUGUUUAGGGUCAGAUCUGAUGAUCUUCCGCGAGACUGUGCGUCUCUGCCCUCGCCGCUGCAUCCCAGGGUUUGUGAAGCGGCUUGUGAGAUAUUAAGAGCCUUCCGUGCGCUACCUCUGAAACUGGGAUUGGCCAGCGGGAAGAGGAAGACCCACAGAGCGGUCCAAAAUAUUUUGGUGCCUGUAGGAUUGGGAAGUUAGAGGCCGUCCUGAGCAAAGGGCCCCCCAGAGGGCUACUUCCUUCAUUGGUGGUAAGCAGCAGAACUCUCAAAUAAAGCUGCUCUUAGCGGUCAUUAUAAUUUUCCACACUAUCCCCUUUGUUGGAUCACUCCAGAGCAAUUUGGAAAAUUUAAAUGGUUGUUAACCCUGAUGCUGCUCUGAGCAACAGGCUGUUUGUUUUUAAAAGGUUUUUUUUUUAAAAAAAAUGUGCCUUGCCAGUGAUGCUGAGCCACAUCCAGGUUGUGUAUACAGUGUAUUCCCAUCUGAGAAAAAAAAAGUGUAGUAAUUUACCUUAGGGUGUCCCACAAUCUACCACCUUCCACAUGUGCAAGGCUCCUCUGUGGAUUGGCAUUAUGCGCAAAAGGACUGAGCCACAACAGAGGACGGUUGGUUGGAGGAGGAAGCACCCUUUCUCUCUUCUGUAAUGAAGAGGGUUUGCCACACUGCAAAUGGGCCAUAUCAGAUCUGUGAGGAUGCUUAGGGGCUCUUGGUGUGGUCCACGCGGCAACAAACGGCUGGAAGCCAAAUCGGGCUCUUUGAAUGUUGUGUACCCCCCCAAUAUUCCUUCUACAUCAACUUUUUUUUAAGUCAUAUUGACUCAGAUUUCCUCCAACGUUUAGCUCCUUGUUCUUGUACAUAACAGUCGUGCUAGUUGGUGUGUUGGUUUUAAGAGUGCUUUUAUCCUGUCUCUUUUUUUAAAACAAAAAUGUAUUCUGUGGUUUUAAUAUGCAGCAUUGAUAAACGAAGUGGUUAUAACUUAUAAACAUUGCCUUGGACAGGCCAUAGUAAGACGUGGGGGAAGAAUUGUUUUCUGCUCUUGAUUUCUUUUUUAUACUUAAAAUUUGUGACUCUUUGGUCAGUGAAGCGUCUUUUUAAUAAAUAAUAAUUUUAAAAAUUGAA